AUGCCCCCCCGGUGCGCAAAUCCGCACUCAGCCGCUCGGCUCUUUGUGCAGCUCUCGGCUGCGUCGCGCCAGGGCUCUAUCCUCGAUGUGCUACUGCCUCCCCAGACCCGGUCAUUCCGAGGUUCUGCGAUGACGAUAGCGACGUCGCCUACCACUCCACGUCACAUACAGUCCAGGGUCGCACGCGUCCGGAACGCCCGGGCCAUUGCGCCGAGGUCGUUCAGCACUACCGCUCUGCGCCAAAAGACUCUCGCCAUACAUAACCCCCAAGUCGACGAAGAUGGAACAGAGAUGGUGUUGGAAAUCACGCCGCGCGCAGCAAACCGCCUCACCAAGAUCAUGACAAAGGACUCAAACCCGCACCUCGCUCUGCGCGUCCAAGUCGAGGCUGGCGGCUGCCACGGCUUUCAGUACCUGAUGAGCUUGGUCACCCUUCCGUCUUCUGUCUCGGCCUCCAAGUCCACUACGCCCGUCCCUGGAAACCCGUCGUCGCCACCGGAAAUUGCGAUACCGAACCCACCCUCACCAGACGCCGAAGCCGAGUUGGCCCCGUCGACCACUUCCACCACGACGCCAGCGAAACCCGAGCUGAGAGACGACGACACCGUGUUCGCUUUUAUAAAAGACGACGUAUCGCCGGAAGACGAUGGCGGGCGAGCACUUGCCACGGGCCCCAAGAUCGUUCUUGAUACGCCUAGUUUGGACUUGCUAAAGGGCUCCAAACUGGAUUUCACGAUGGAGCUUAUUGGAAGCCAAUUCAAGAUCGUGGACAACCCUGCUGCAUCGAGUAGCUGCGGGUGUGGAACGAGUUUCGAUAUCAAGUUAUAA